CAAAUCGCGCCAGGCUUUGAGAGGACCCUGAUACGCCUCGUGUUUCUCGGCAGGUCUGCCAUCUGAGCCUAAGUAAGAGUUCUUUAAUAUUUAGUGUGAUCAUGAGCUCUCAGAUAACCUGUGUUGGAUGGGUGAGGAAGGGCGUUUCUAAGGAAACACCAGAUAAAGUUGAAUUAAGCAAAGAGGAGCUGCAGCGCAUCAUUGCUGAGGCGAAGGAUGAAUUAAGGCAAGAUGAUGAUGAUGAGGAGGAGGAAGAGUGCUCGGUGAAUGAGCAAGACAAGACAGAAGCUCAGCCAGGAGGUCAGUCAGAAAUGACUGCUGAAGAUAAAGAAAAAAAACCUGCAGAAGAUGAUCUUGCUGAGUAUGAACUGGACAAAUAUGACGAGGAAGAUCUUGAGACGGCUAACCUCGGGGACAGUCUGGCAGGUCUGACCGUGUUCGCCACUAACGAAGAAGAUCCUUAUGUCACCAUCAAAGACACAGACCAGUACGAACGAGAGGACUUCCAGAUCAAGCCUACGGAUAAUCUUAUUCUUGCUGGAAGGGCCGAGAAGGAUUGUUGCAACCUCGAGGUUUAUGUUUAUAACUCUGAAGAGAACUCACUGUACGUCCACCAUGACAUCUUACUACCUGCUUAUCCGCUCAGUGUCGAGUGGUUGAACUUUGACCCCAGCCCUGAUAAUAACACAGGGAACUAUGCAGCCAUAGGAAACAUGACUCCUGUGAUUGACGUGUGGGAUCUGGAUGUGGUAGACUGCUUAGAGCCUGUGUUUUCUCUGGGCAGUAAGAAGGCCAAAAAGAAAAAGAAGAAGAAGCAAGCUGCCGAGCCUGUAGACGGACACACUGAUGCCGUGUUGGAUUUAUCAUGGAACAAGAUGGUUAGGAAUGUUUUGGGAAGCGCGUCUGCUGAUGAGACCGUAGUUCUUUGGGACCUCGUGCAAGGCAAACCAGCGACAACGCUAAAACGUCACACAGAUAAAGUCCAAACUUUAAAGUUCCAUCCAUUCGAGGCACAGACUCUCAUCACUGGGUCUUAUGAUAAGUCGGUUAUCCUGUACGACUGCCGCAAUCCAGAAUCCAGCAACCGUGUCUGGCGCUUUAGCGGUCAGGUAGAGCGACUGGUGUGGAAUCACUUCUCUCCCUGCCACUUUCUUGCAAGCACAGAAGACGGCUUCAUUUACUGUUUAGAUGCCAGAUCAGACAAACUGGUCUUUACGCUGAGGGCACAUGAUGGAGAGGUGUCAGGGAUGGACCUGAGCAGUCAAGUAAAUGGUUGUCUAGUUACCAGCUCUGAAGAUAAACACGUAAAGGUCUGGGAUAUUCUUGGAAACAAGCCCAAGCUCAUUCACUCCAGAGACAUGAAAAUGGGAGUGCUGUUCUGUGCGGCUUGCUGCCCUGAUCUGCCAUUCGUUUAUGCGUUCGGAGGACAGAAGGAUGGCCUACGUGUAUGGGACAUUAGUGAUGUAGCUGUAGUGGCAGAAGCUUUUGGAAAUCGAGAGCGCUUAGUUGCCAACACAGUGUCUGGGGGCUUCAGCAGCAGCGCGGUUGACAUGGAGGUCUCUUAAUGGAACUGUUAGAGACUUUACAUGACCAAAGAACUUAUUUUUCAAAUACAAAACAUGCAAAUCUUAUUUAGAGAAAAGUAUAAAUAAGUGUAUGCUUUCCUUUUGGUUUACAAGAUAAUAUACCGUUAAUACAAAAAAAAUUAUAACACUUGUACAUUUUUGUGAUUAUAUCAUUAAACAGAUGUUUAAUGCUAAA